AUGCAAGCCGCUUCGAGACGGAGCUCCGUCACUGGCCUCGCCGAAGUGACUGGUGCUGAUACUGGUGUGAGUGGGCUCAUGAACAACAAACGAUGCUUGGGAUUGGCCUUAUUCGCUUCUCUUGGAGGUGUUCUCUAUGGCUACAAUCAGGGGGUAUUCAGUCAGGUCCAAGUCAUGGCUGACUUUGAGUACCGCUUUGCAUCCACCCUCAACAAUUCCUCCACCAAAGGUCUUCUCACUGGAAUUCUAGAGUUGGGAGCCAUGGUAGGAGCGUUGAGUAGCAGUCCCCUCGCAGACAAAUAUUCUAGGAAGCUCUCCAUUUCAGCCUGGUGUGUUGUCUUCAUGCUAGGUGUCGCCCUUCAGGUUGGCGCGAGCACCGAUGUGGCUCUGAUUUACUCAGGGCGUUGGUUUGCCGGAAUGGGUGUCGGUGGGCUGUCCGUGGUUGUGCCUAUGUUCAACGCCGAGCUGGCGCCGGCAUCCAUUCGAGGAACCCUGGUUGGUCUACAGCAAGUAGCGAUCUGUUUCGGAAUCAUGAUCUCGUAUUGGAUUGGAUACGGCACGAACUACAUCGGUGGAACGACUUACCCCAAUCAGUCGAGCGCGGCAUGGAGGAUUCCCCUGGCCCUUCAGCUCGUCCCCGCUAUUAUCCUGUGCAUCGGGUCGUGGUUCCUCCCGUAUUCACCUCGAUGGCUCAUGCUCGUUGGCAGGGAAGAAGAAUGCCUCGCCGUCCUGGCUCGACUCCGAAAACAAGACGCAAACUCUCCAGCCGUUCAGUAUGAAUAUCGCUCGCUUAAGGUUGAAGCUUACGCAGACCGCGCGACCGCUCGAUCUCGAUAUGGAACCGAAGAGAAGACAUGGCGCACGGAAGCCCUGGAGUACAAGCGGAUCUUUACAACAAAGGUCACUCUGCAUCGUGUUGGUCUCGGCGCGGGCGUCAAGCAUUUGGUCAAUGGUCCGGUAAGUUUACAGUUUCGACCUAACGGCUUCAGAACAACGUUGACGGGAAUAGGAAUCAAUGCCAUCCUCUACUACGCGCCGACCAUCUUUGAACAAGUCGGGCUCUCGGGUGGAAGCAUUGGCUUGCUGGCUACCGGGAUUGUGGGCAUCUUGAUGUUCGUCUUCACCAUCCCAGGUGCGCUGAUCGUGGACAAAGUUGGUCGUAAGCCAAUGCUUGCCUGGAGCUUGGCCAACAUGGGCAUCGCCCACGCCAUCAUUGCCGCUCUCAUUGCUACCUACGGGGGUAAGUUCAACGAGCACAAGGCCGCCGCUAACGGAGCUAUCUUCCUGGUUUACUGGGUGGUUGUCAAUUACGCCAUGCCCUAUGGACCUGUCGGCUGGAUCGUCACCGCGGAGUCAUCGUCGCUCGAUAUCCGCGCCAAAGGAGUCGCGAUUGGUUCUGCCGUGAAUUGGAUCAUGAACUUCACCGUUGCACAAGUCACGCCUGUCAUGAUCACCAAUAUCGGGUACAAGACCUGGAUCGUGUUCAUGUGCUUCUGUUUCCUUGGCUUGGCUUGGGUCUACUUCGUUUUGCCAGAGCUGAAGGGCCUGUCACUGGAGGAGAUUGAUGCCGUGUUUGCGGACGAGGUCAGCGCCGAGGAUCGUCACCAACGCGAGCGUAUUGCCAACGAGCUUGGGGUCAGCCGUGUGGUGAAUGUGGAUGGUGGUGAUGGAAUUGAUGACCUCAAAGAUUCGACUUCUAAGCAAGAAGUCGAGACCGUGUAA